AUGUCAACCCAAAGGGUAGUCAUUGUCGGUGCCGGGGCCGGGGGAAUAGCGGCCGCCACCCAACUUGCUCGACAGGGGUUCAAAGUACAAGUUCUGGAGCAGCAUGGAUGUGUCGGUGGUCGCUGCUCGCUUCUAUACAGAGAUGGUUUUCGGUUUGACCAAGGACCAUCAUUGGUUCUGAUGCCGGGGCUGUUCCGCAGGGCAUUCGAAGACCUUGGAACUUCGCUGGCGAAAGAGGGCGUGGAAAUGCUGCAAUGUGAGCCUAACUACUGUAUCUGGUUUUCGGACCGCGAUUCGAUCGAGUUGUCAAGGGAUAUGCCACGCCUAAAGGUCGAGGUAGAGCGACACGAAGGUCCGGGUGGGUUUCAUCGUUUCUGUGCCUUCAUGGCAGAGGCUGGAUAUCAAUACGAGAUGUCCAUGAGAAGCGUCUUUAACCAGAGCUUCCCCACGUUGGGGAGCAUGAUGCAUCCAUCUCUGGUCAAAGCGGUACUCAAUCUGCCACCUUCCACUAGCUUCAUGUAUCUGGGUAUGAGUCCAUAUCGGGCGCCUGCAACCUAUUGCAUGCUGCCAUAUGCCGAGAUCACCGAUGGUAUCUGGUAUCCAGAAGGAGGCUUCCAACGAGUGGGUAUCUUAGUUCUCACCUUCACGCUUGAGGCGACAGGAGUUCGGCUCGAGUCGGGGGAGGUGGUUUCAGCGGACCUGGUGGUGCUCAAUGCGGAUCUCGUAUAUGCAUGCAAUCAUCUUCUGCCACUGUCUGGUCAUGCCCAUCGCUUGCAAGACCGCGCGACCUCCUGUAGCAGUAUCUCCUUUUUCUGGUCAUUCGACGAACACAUCCCCCAGCUCAGACCGCACAACGUUUUCCUAGCCAACAAGUACAGACAGAGCUUUGAUGUUAUAUUUGACGAGCACGGCAUACCGGAAGACCCUUCAUUCUACGUGAAUGUCCCCAGUCGAGUGGAUCCCACGGCAGCACCUCCUGGCAAAGACUCCAUAAUGGGGAGAAAGCACGAUGGGAUUCCCUCGUAA